AUGCGCGGCCUAUGUCAAAGGCUCGCGCUCUACCUCGCACUAUGUCUAUCUCUAUUACUCUACGUGACGCCCGCUUCGGCCGCGAGCGUCCUCGCCAUUGAUUAUGGCGCCGAUUAUAUCAAGGCGUCGCUUAUGAAGCCUGGCCUGCCUUUCGAUGUCCUAUUGAAUAAAGACUCGAAGCGGAAGAUACACUCCUCUGUGGCAUGGAAGAACGGUGAACGUUUGUUCGGCCAGGAUGCGUAUAACCUCGCUGCACGGAAACCCCAAGACACGUAUAAUCAUAUGAAGUAUCUGCUCGGCGCACCAGCCAACGCGGACAUUGUAACCUACUACAACCAAAUAUCGACUUCGACUCUCGUCGCGUCUUCACGAUUCACCGUCGCUGUACCACAACCUGGAGGAAGGACAUGGGAUGUCGAGGAGCUCGUAGCAGCUCAACUGGCGUAUAUCCGGCAACUUGCGACCGAUGCGGCUGGAGAGCCCGUACGCGACGCCGUCAUAACCGUACCGCCAUUCUUCUCGCAAUUCGAGCGCGAUGCUCUUGCGGACGCUGCCGAGCUCGCUGGGUUGAAGCUUAUCACGCUCGUCAGUGACAGCGCCGGAGUCGCCAUCAACUUUGCCAUCACGCGCCAGUUCACGUCUACGCCCGAAUACCAUGUCAUCUUCGAUGCUGGUGGCAGCAGUACUCGCGCAUCGGUUGUUGGGUUCUCGCAGGAUGCCAAGAGCAAAUCACUACAAGUCGCGUUGAAGGGCGUUGGCUGGGACAGGAUCGUGUCGGGCACGGAGUUCACGAGGAGGUUGAGGGAUAUGCUUCUGCAGGAGUUCACGAAGAAGCACCCGAGUGUCGACAUCCGGGCGGAUAAGAGGGCUAUGGCGAGGAUCUGGAAGGAGGCGGAUCGUGUCAAGGGCAUUCUCAGCGCGAACAACGAUGCAGUCUCGCACGUUGAGAGCCUCAUCGACGAGAUUGACUUCAGGACGAAGAUCUCGCGCACGGACUUCGAGGCAAAGUGCAAAGACUUGGCACCUUCUUUCGCGAAGCCCUUGUCUGAUGCGCUUGCAAGCGCUAACCUCACGAUGAACGACAUCAAGUCCGUCAUCCUCUUUGGUGGCAACACCCGCGUGCCCAUGAUGCGCCGCGCCCUCGACGCUGCCGCCGGAGCCGACAAGAUCGCUGUGAACGUGAACGCCGACGAAGCCGCUGUACUCGGUGCAGCCCUUCACGGAGCAUCACUCUCGCACUCCUUCCGCACCAAGGACAUCAAGCUCAUCGACGUACUCCCUUAUGAUGUUCAGGUCGCAUAUGCGGCCGAGGCGAAGGAUGGCGGUGCCAGUGGACGCACCAUCCAUAGUACGGCUUUCGCUUCAGGAAGCAAGACCGGGACACGCAAGACCAUGAGCUUCAAGCGCCAUGACGACUUCAACCUCGCUUUCCAGUACAAGCAGGCUAUUGCGCCGGGGUACCCCACGGAGUUCCUCGAGACGCGCGUUGAAGGCGUCAAGGAGGCUCUCGCAAAUAUCACUGCCGAAGGUGGCAGCGAGCCCGUCAUCAAGGCUACUCUGGCUCUUUCCGAGUCCGGCUUCAUCUCUGUACCCGAGGCGGUUGCCGUUGCAGACGCCAAGGAUGAUUCUAUCGCUGGAAAGCUCAAGGGCUUCUUUGGCGACAAGGCCAGCUCAUCAUCCGAGUCUGUCAAUGAGACUCCAACUGCGAGUGAGACGGCUGCCAAGAGCACCAAGACGCUUUCCAUCCCGCUCACGGUAUCGGUCAAGUAUCCGACUGUUGCGCCCAUGAGCCUCGAGCAGAAGCGCGAGGCCCGCACUCGUCUCCAAGAACAAGAGGCGAAGGAAGCUGCGAUCGCCAUGCGCGAGGAACAGCGCAACGGCCUCGAGGGCUACCUGUACCGCAUGCGUGAUCUCAUCAACGCCGAUGAACAGACGCCUUUCGUCAAGUGCUCAAAACCAUCAGAGCGCGCUGCUAUCAGCAAGACGUUGGAGGAGGUGCAAGAAUGGUUCCACGAGCAUCAGGAUACUGCGGAUACGAAGACGCUCUUGGAGAAGCGCGGGCUCUUGCAGAUCUUGGAAAAUCCCAUACAGCACCGGUACAAGGAGAUCGAGGAGUUCCCGUCAGCCUUGAAUGAGUCGCAGAAGUGGAAUUUCCACACGCGCAUGUUCCUCAAGGAAGCAGUUGCGAACUUGACGAAGGAGGAGGAAGAGGGCAUCGAGGGCAAGUUCACUCGUGAAGAGCUAGAAGGCAUCACGAAGACGCUAGAAGAGCAUGAGACGUGGUUGGCGCAGAAGGUCGAGGCGCAGAGGAAGGUCAAGAUGGACGAGGAUCCGGCGGUCGAGACCAAGGAGAUGCGCGAGCGCGCGAAAGUCCUCGAGCUCCACCUACAACGCCUCAUCGGAAAGAAGCCGCCACGCAGAAAAAUACCUUCGACGAGCGCCAGCGCCAGCUUCACGACACCAGCGUCAUCUAGUACGGCUACGUCGUCGACGCGCGCAGGAGGGCACGAGGAGUUGUGA